UGAUAAAUCAAUGCACUUGUGUUGCAUCCGAUUACGUUAGCAUGCGGAUAUCAAUAUGCGGAUGUUUUUAAUUUAUUUGUUCAUACGAUUUUUCAUAAAGUUUUCGCUUUUAUUUGUUGUUUUGGGAAGCCUGAGGUGAUAAUAAUUAUACUAUAUUAUACGUUGAUGAAAUACCUCACCACAGAAGGUAGACUUUCAACCUUGAUUUCGUGCUUCACUUCCAUCAAGUCUGCGGAAUAAAACAUGAUUCACUCCUACCUAAAAUUUCUAGCGGUUUUCGCUUUUUUCAACAUUGUUUUCUGUUCAGAAAAUGACAAAAUUGCUAUUCUAAGUCAAAUGCAAGACUGGGGAGAAAAAAUCUUCAGAAUUAUAGAGAAUAAAUACAAAACGUCUGAUAAAGGACAAUAUCUAGUUGCGGCAUUGCUUCCAGAUGCUGCGCUUGAUAAGCCCAAGGAGCUAUCUAAAAGACUUUUAAACGGUUGUCCGACAAAUGGACCAGAUAUUGCCGGAAAAUUGAUUGAGUGUAGCACAAGUGCCGUGAUUUUGAACAAAGAAAGCGAAGAAAUUUGGAAAAGAAGCAUUUGGAAAGAUGAAGAAAAGUACAAAGAACACGAAUGGCAUGGAGAAUAUAUGCUGGUACAUGAAGGUAUAAUAGAAAGGCUUAUAAACAAUUUUCACAAGGAAAAUGGUGAUAACGCUAACUGUAGGGUUUAUUUAUACUCCUACUAUAUUCCCUGUGCUGACAUUUCCAAUUGCCCUUAUUCCUGUUCUGAGGAGGUUGCUGACUAUAACAAUAGAGCCGGAAUAAAAUGCAAAAUAACUGUAAUUGGUUACACGGAAGUGUUUAGACGUCCUAAUUCAAAGACCAACGAGCCAAAAGCGAAAGAUGUAAUCGAAGCUCAAAUGGAAUUGUACCAAACUGUCAGAGACGUGAAACUACUAGCGAUUGAAGCAAUUAGGAAUAGAAACCAGAGAGUAUCAUUUCAAGAAUUAAUGUAUUCGUGUCUGUACGAAUCACCAUUGUCGGGCUGUUGUGUCGAUAACACAAAUUCUAGAGAAAAUAGUAAGCUCGUCAUUGCGUUUUUUGUGAACAACAUUGUGUACAAGGCCGUGAACAGCAAGUUUGCAAAUUGUAGGUCGUUCGAUGAUAACCGCAAAGAGUUGGAGAAGUAUUUUAGUAGAUUGUUUAAAAAAAAAGCCUUUAUACAUAGAGGCUGUGGAAAAUGCCCGGCUGAAAAAAUAAAUAUAUUCCUCAUUGAGUUUUGUUCGAAAACGGCGCUCGACUUGGCAAGUGGAUUUGGAAGUCCUGCACCUGAAUUUGACCUGUCGUCUGCAACAUGGACACCCCCACGUGAUAGCUGGGAAAACUUGUACAGAAUCUCCCCUGACGAAUUUCUAAACACCAAGACGGUCAUGUGUGCUCUUCGACCACUUAGCAUCAAGUCUCUUUGUACACGUUUGGAUGAGACAAGUAUAAAUCUUCCUCAAACUGGAUCAAAGAGGGAGAGGUCUCGAAGCCCAUCGUCGGAGAUCAUUUCAGAAUUGAAAUCAGCAAGAAUUGACGAUUAGCGAGGGGUGAAAGACGGAGUGAAUAUCUAAACAAUGGCAAAUUUAUUGAAAAUAGCGUAAGGCCUCUUGGUUCUUACGAGAGUACGUUAUUUACCUAUAAUCAAAGUGGUUUCUGUGUGAAUUGAAACCGUUUGUUUACAAGACAAUAAUCAUGUACAUGUAACUUGUAUCGGUGGUAAUGCGUGUCUCUGUUUUUGUUUUCUAUGUAAAAAUAACAAUAUAUAAUAUCUCUAAAUUGGCA